UACGGGGCGCUCUCGACUCCGUGGCGACGGCGGCCUUGCUGGGACACGGGGGCGGGGCUGGGCACCUGUCCGCGUUUGCAGGCACCUGCUGCGCCGGUUGCCGCGGGCCCGGGGCCCGGCGCUGGGGGUUGUCCGGGAGCUGGGCCGGCCGGCCUGAGGGAGGGAGACGGGCCCGACCGGCUCGCCCCGUCUGGGGCCCGCCCUCGCCGGCCCCGGCCCCGCGCCCUGGUUGAGGGGGACGUCCGCGAGCCCCGGAGGCCCUCAGCCCCCCGCCAGAGGGGCUCGCAGGCCCGUGCCUGGCCUCGAGCAGACUGGGAGGCCCGGACAUGGCCCCUGCCUUGCAUCACCUCGAGACAGGUAAAGUGAAUUCUGAGGACGGAGGAGUUUGAUGACAGACCGCUGAAUUUCUUUGUUUGGAGUACGCGUUAUGAACCCUUUCUGGAGCAUGUCUACAAGCUCUGUACGCAAACGAUCUGAUGGUGAAGAGAAGACAUUAACGGGGGACAUGAAAACCAGUCCUCCACGCUCUGCUCCAAAGAAACAGCUGCCUUCUAUUCCCAAAAAUGCUCUGCCCAUAACCAAGCCCACAUCUCCUGCCCCAGCAGCACAGUCAACAAAUGGCACACAUGCUUCUUAUGGACCUUUCUACCUGGAAUACUCUCUUCUUGCUGAAUUUACCUUGGUUGUGAAGCAGAAGUUACCAGGUGUCUACGUGCAGCCAUCUUACCGCUCUGCAUUAAUGUGGUUUGGAGUAAUAUUCAUACGGCAUGGACUCUAUCAAGACGGUGUAUUUAAGUUUACAGUUUACAUCCCCGAUAACUACCCGGACGGGGACUGUCCACGCUUGGUGUUUGAUAUUCCCGUCUUUCACCCACUAGUUGAUCCCACCUCAGGCGAACUGGAUGUGAAGAGAGCAUUUGCAAAGUGGAGGCGGAACCAUAACCAUAUUUGGCAAGUAUUAAUGUAUGCAAGGAGAGUGUUCUACAAGAUUGAUACAGCAAGCCCCCUAAACCCAGAGGCUGCAGUACUGUAUGAAAAAGAUAUUCAGCUGUUUAAAAGUAAAGUGAUUGACAGUGUGAAGGCGUGCACUGCUCGUUUGUUCGACCAACCUAAAAUAGAAGACCCCUAUGCAAUUAGCUUUUCUCCAUGGAAUCCUUCUGUACAUGAUGAAGCCAGAGAGAAGAUGCUGACACAGAAGAAGAAACCCGAAGAACAGCACAAUAAAAGUGUUCAUGUUGCUGGCCUGUCAUGGGUAAAGCCUGGCUCAGUACAACCUUUCAGUAAAGAAGAGAAAACAGUAGCAACUUAAGAGCUGGUGAAUCCGGUGCACCAUGCACUUUUCUGCUGGACUUGGGCCUAGUUAAAGCUGACCAAUGGCAAGGGACUGCCUGAAGAGUAAAACUGUGUGAACGAUGACUGAUACCAGUGUUGUCCAUGUAUACUUAGGUUCUAACGGCAAGUUUUGGAAACCUCUCUUUAAGUAAUGCAUUACUUCUGUCAGAAGUGUCUUUAGGGUGGUUAUCUAGUUCAGUACUCCAAAUUAUUGGGGACCUUGAGGAUUAAGUAUUUUUCUGAAUAUAAUGCUAAAGGUAAGUCGCAUUCAUUUAAACUAACAGAGUAGACAGACAUGAGCACUCUUGACUGAUUUCUGGAUCAGUGGUUUCAGUUGUACAUAUGUUAGGAUGUGGAGAGGAGAGGUAUAGUGAGAGCAGGUCCCAUAGCUUAUUAGCACUUUUAAGUGGAAGAUCGUUUGAACCUCAGUCUGCAGCCUACUGUCUUAUUGAUUUACAAACUGCUGUCAGUCACUGAGGUACACAUUAGGUGAGUGAGAGGAAACCAGAACACUAGUUCAGUUUUGUUUUGUUUUUAAAGCAAAUUCCUUACUGUAUUUUUAUGGCAGGAGAGAGAAAAGGUGUUAAGACGGUUUCUAAUGAAGUCAGAUAUUUAAAUGAUGAAUGACUAAUGUGUUUUGUAGAGAAAAAAUAAAACAAUAAAUGAUCGUUCUUUGUCA